AUGCGCGUGGAGGUGGUGCUUCCACUUGGCGGCUCUCUGUGCAGGGAGGCAGCGGAGCAGCUUGGACAGGGGUGGCGGCGCCGACGGCGUGGCGGCUGCAACGCGAAGGCGGGAACUUUACGGGCCUCGGAGAUCCCGGCCGGGCCUAUGAGGCCACUGGCCUGGUUUGUUCCUGCUAUUGCGUCCGAUUGGCAGCUGAACUUCCCAAGAUCAAAAGAAAUCGAGGGAGGGGACUGCUUCCGUGGUUUGAUUGGUGCCCCGAUGGCGAACAUCUGCAGCAGCGGUGCUUCCUCUUCCUCCGGGAGGAGGGUGUGGAAGAGGAUGAAGAAGAGGAAGCCUGCACAGCUUCACGAUCUGCCUGAUGUGAGUGGAUUGGCAGCUGAACUUGCCAAAAUCAAAAGAAAUUGCGGGAGGGGACUGCUUCUGUGGUUCGAUUGGUGCCCCGAUGGCGAGCAUCUGCAGCAGCGGUGCUUCCUCUUCCUCCGGGAGGAGGGUGUGGAAGAGGAUGAAGAAGAGGAGCCUGCGCAGCUUCACGAUCUGCCCGAUGACAUUCUUGUCGACGUGGUGUCGCACUUGGGGUUCGCGGACGCCGCGCGCACGAGCGUGCUGUCGAGCAGGUGGAGACAGCUCUGGAGUGCAUGUGACAGAAGGGCCCUGGUCUUCACCAGAGAGACAAUGUUCCGGCCCAGAAGCCCAGCGCAAGGUGAAGAAGACUUCAUCAGGAACGUCGACAGUGUGCUACGCCAGCUCAGUCCCACCGACCCCAGGGACAAGUUCGUGCUCGAGUUCAGGUUCAUUCAAUCCAACAUGGAGUGCCAUGUCGACCAAUGGGUUGCCUUCUGCGCAGCGUCGAGGGCCAAGGACGUUGUGUUCGAUUUCAAUCCGGGGUCGUGGGGCACCUACUCGCACAGCUUCCCACUGAAGCAUUUCAGAAAUGGCUCUCCUGCCGUCAGGUCUCUGCACCUCAUGUCUGUCGACCUGUACCCGCCGGCGGUGCCGCCUGAUUUCCGCGGCUUCACAAACCUAAGAGAGCUCAAGCUCGACUCCGUGCUAGGAGAUAUCCAUUGCCUGCUGCUGCCGGCCUUCUCUGUCCUCGAGUGGCUAAGCAUCACACGCUGCACCCUCCACAGCUUCAGUACAUUCCAGCCGCUGGGUCGGCUGCGUUACAUGUGUGUCCAGUACUGUCAUAUGCACGAGCUUGAGGUGCAAGCUCCGAACCUUGCUAAGUUCGAGUUUGCCAGCUUUGAGGUCCAUCCGGUGUUUGUGCUCGAUGAAUGCCUAGACAUACAAGAGGUGACUGUCACGGUGCUAACAGAGGAGGAUGUUUUCGACUACGCCUUUGCAAAGCUUCCUGCUGGCGGUAUGUCGUAUGCACGGAAGCUCUCGAUGCGAAUUGCUAUUGAUACCCAGGUGCUUCAAUUUGCAGGAUGCCCCAGCAGCUUCAUCAACCUGAAGCAUCUUAUAUUGACCAUGCAUGUCCGUGUACGUUAUGACUCUACCAGUGGCAUCCUUCGUUUGGCUUCCCUUUUGGAGUUGGCCCCUGUUCUGGAACAACUGGAACUGCAUAUGGAAUGUCAGUACAGUGAGGGGGUGGAGAACAUGUGGCUGAAGGAGUGGCCCCUGCCCAUUCAGCCACACGAUCAUCUGAAGACGGUCCACAUGAGCGGAGUCUACGGCAACAUCGACCUACUCAAUCUGGCGCUGCACUUUGCUCGAUGCGCCAUGGUGCUGGAGCGCAUGGUGAUUGGCCCGAUGGUGAAGAAGAACUACGUGAUGACUCGUGACUCACUGGAGGAGGGCCGACAAAUGGCCAGGGAGCACCUUAGGGGAAAGGGGUUUGACGGCAUUCUCACCUUCUUGUGAAGCUCCAAAACGGCUGUUGGCAAGCUUCAAGGUAAAUAUUACACAGGUUGAAGAAAAGAACUGGGUUGCUCAGAAUCACUGGUAGACUGGCCAACAUUGCCAAGUGCCGACAGAACAAAAAGUUGUAGGGUUGCGAGCAGAGCUUGAAGCCAAGCCAUCUCUACCCCAACCUUAAUUUUAUUUGUAGCAUCUUUCUGAAGAGGUGGGAAUUGAUAACUUUCUGUAUUGUACAGUGCAGAUACAAUAUUUAUACACACUCCCUCCGUCCAAAAAUACUUGUAGGAGAAAUAGAUGUAUCUAGAUGUAUUUUAGUUCUAGAUACACUCAUUUUUAUCCAUUUCUUCGAUAA